UAGCUGCCGGGCUGAGAUCUUGGCGACUGGGCAUUGGUGGGAACUGGAGCGGGAGCCAGGCGACAGGGGAUGACGAAAACAGACCCGUUAGGUGGCGGUCCAGAACCAAGGAAGGCCAGGGAAGGUUCACUCAGCUGCAUCACAUCAUAGGGAACAGCCGCAGCCUAACCACCUGCCGUUCAUAGCCGCUCGAAGCACGCCCAAUGCGGGGACGCCUUACGCGGCGUCAUCCGUCCAACUUGGAUCUCCUUCAUUCCACAUGAACCCAGUUAUAAUAAGGAGGAUCCAUAGCCCAGUCUCAGUCAAGCUGUUUCGAGUUGCUCUGUCUACUUCGUGUCUGCUUUAUCGUCUCAUACCGACCUCAAUUUUACCUUUUCUACUUACAUCGAGACCAUUCUCUUCGCAUCUAGCAAUUAUGCCUACCUACAUUGUGACUUGCAAGGACGACGCGACCCCGGAGCAGGUUGCGCAGGCCAAGAAGCAUGCAACUGACCAGGGCGGCAAGAUUGGGCACGAGUACUCGCUGAUCAAGGGCUUCUCUGUGUCAUUCCCUGAAGACUCCGUCACCACUCUCGAGAAACACGAGCAUGUCAAAGCUGUUGAGAAGGACCAGGAAGUCAAGACUCAGUAAGGCGUCGGG